AUGCUGAAGAGUAUGAAGAUCCCACCUCUCCAGGAAAGAAGGAAGGCCAUUAGACUUAUCUUCUUCUUCAAGGUGGUUGAGGGGCUGGUGCCAGCAAUGCCUAGCCAAGACUUCCUUACCCCAGUCCGGCAAUCAAAGCGACAAAGAUCAAAAGCCACAGAUGCCAUGGUCCACUACAGCUUCGACUACUGCCAACAGGUGUUCUAUCCUCAACAGGCACAGGCAGUGGGUCCGAUGUACUUUAAAACUCCUCGAAAAUGUCAAUGCUUUGGGGUGUGCUGUGAGUCUUCAGGAACGCAGAUAUUUUAUCUCGUUGAUGAGGCCUUUCAGUCCGUUGGAAAAGGGGCCAAUAGUGUGACCUCAAUGCUGCACCACCACUUUAGCCAUCUUGGUUAUGGAGAGAGGAAUGUGGUCCUUCAUAUGGACAACUGUUCGGGGCAAAACAAGAAUAACGCGGUCAUAGGGUACGGCAUGUGGCGGGUUCUUACAGGCCUGCACGACUCUAUUGAGUUCAGCACCAUGGAGGCCGGUCAUACCAAAUUUAGCCCAGACUGGCACUUUGGAUUGUGGAAGGAAUUAAAUUGAUGUUUUAAGUUUGCAAGAAUAAAGAAUCAAUUAUCUUUAAUUAUCAAUACACAUUUCAUUUAUUAUACGUUGGCAUAUUUAUUAUUAUAUCUGAAAAUACUGCAGCACCAUUAUAUGGAAAGUAGUGUUAAGAACACAGGAGGGAAGCCCAUAUUUUUUUUAUUUAAUAGCAUAUAUAAAAAAAAAUUAAAAAAAUGGGCUUCCCUCCUGUGGUUAAGAAAUGUUGUUGUAGGCAAUACAUUAAAUUUUGCUUUCAUAUACUUAAAGGUGCGUUGGAGGAACACCACUGUCAACACCUUGGAAGAUGUUGUGGAGACAGUCAGGCUAUCAUCCCGCAAUGGGCACAACAUUCCCCACCUUGUACAAGAUCCGGAGAAUCCUGUCCAGUUUUACAACUGGACAGAAUUCUUGAAACCAGUAUUCAAGCCAAUACCAAAUCUGCUGUCAUACCACCACUUCAGAAUGACCUCUGACAAGCCAGGCAUAGUGUAUGUGAGGCUAUAUGCUUCGGAUGCUGAGGAGGCUGUGAAGAUCCUGAAGAAAGAUUCUUUCGUUCUGAAUGGAAUGCCCCCCCAACUGGAGCCACUUGGCUUGUCUGCAGAACGCCAGUGGUACCUUCAUGACGAAAUCGCGCCACUCUGUAACUCAUUAUGUGCCAGUACCUGUCCACGGCCAGAUGUACCGAAGCCGACGAAAUAACAAUGAUUUUAAAAUAGUUUCCCUGUUUUAAACAACUUGUUUAUGUAUAUAAUGUAUGGUAACCAUGGAAACCUGACCAUACCUCAUUGUCAACUUCAACAACAUUAGUAUGUUUUUGUAAAACUCUUACAAUGACUCAAUACCAGGUGAAAUGAAAUAUAAUGCAGUGAGACAAGUAAUAUAAUUGAAUUUAAAAUUUAAUAGUUGUGUAUAUAAACUGAAAACAUUAAUUUAAUGUAAAUAUUUAUGUUAAGUCUCUUAGCCUUGGCUCUAUUUUUCAUGCAGUAUGUAAUAUAGUAUAAAUGUAACAGUAAGAAAUUGUUGAUUGCAUUUGAUAACUAAAGAGUGUAGUAUUAUUGCUAUGUUUAAUGUAGAAGAUGGUAAUUAUAACUGAUAUUCAUAUUGUAUACUGUUGCCAUGGUUACAACAAAAUAACUAUGUGUAUAUCAUGUAUUAAUUUAAAAGUCUUUAAUUAAUGAACAAUGUCUCAUGUAAAAUAUAAUUGUUAUUGGAACAGUUUAAAGAAGAAUUUUCAAUUUUAAUACGUCAUGGUUCGCAUAUUAAAUCUUAGCAAGUGUAUUCUAUGUAAUUCAAUUUCGGUUAGAGUCUGUGAUCAAUAGAACAAAUUAAUAGAUAGAACAUGUAUACAAUUAAUUGAUUCGUGUAUUAAGUAACAGUUCUUUGAUAUAUGUAUAUUACUUUCUUGCAUUUUAAGGUGUGAGGAAAUGCUUUGAACUGAUUUUGUAAAAAAAAAUCAAUUAUUUUGAAAUUUUUGCAAAUGGUUGCUAUGGUAACCGAAAUUUGUUUCGUAAUGGUCUUAUAAAUUUACAUUAAUUUAAUAUUAUAAGUUUUGUCCUUGUAAAAGGACAGUGAGUGAGUGAUUUUCCUCUGCAAUUAUAAAUCUAUUGAACCAUAAUGCAAUUGACAUGAAAAUAAAUGAACAGAAUGACAAA